CAAAAUUAUAUUGUAAUCCUCGAAAAUUCAUAAAUCAUGUCUCUUUCUUCGAAAAGCCUCUUGCGCGAGGGCUCAACACAUUUGACCCAUAUCUGCGAACUGGAUCUGAACAAUCAAGCCUCACACCGUCGGCUAACAUCGAUUAUAGCGACUAUUUCCGAGAGCUCGCGGGAUCCGGAUACCAUAUACAACAUGCUGAUGAAGGGCGUGAACAUAUUUCGUUUGAACUUUGCCCAUGAAUCGCACGAAGCGCACACCCAGACCAUUGAGUUGGUCAAUGACGCGCUGGAACGGAUCAAAAAGGAAACGGGUCAGAACCGAACGGCUGCGUUUGCGGUGGACACUCGAGGGCCACAGAUCCGGACGGGAAUCCUGGAUGCCGGCAAUGAGAUACUGAUGCGCAAGGGAGACAAUAUACGCCUCUCAAUAAACCGGGAUCUGUAUGACAAGGGAAACAAGGAUGCCAUCUAUGUGGACUACCCGAACAUAAUCAAUCUCACCAAGCCCGGAGAUCGUGUGUUCAUCGAUGAUGGCAAGCUGUUUCUCAUUAUUCAGGAGGUGGGUGUAGAUGGGCUCAUUUGUGAGGUGAUUCAAGGCGGGAUGUUGGGCAACAACCGCAACGUUAUCCUUCCGGAGAUCGAAAUAGACCUGCCAGCCGUAUCAGAAAAGGAUAUGUUUGACAUACAGUUCAGCAUGCAGGCCAAUGUCGACUUUCUGUUCGCCUCGGCCGUUCGAAGCGCCAAGAAUCUGAAGGAGCUGCGUGCCGUCCUGGGGGAGAAGGGAAAAUACAUUAAGUUAAUUCCCAAGAUAGACAGCAAGAUCGCUCUAAGUCGUUUCUCAGAGAUAAUGCGUGAAGCGGACGGGAUUCUCCUGUCGCGAGCCGAUCUGGGAACCCAAAUACCUGUCGAGAAGCUACUCAUCACCCAGAAGAGUAUCUUGAGCCAAUGCAAUAGGAUGGGCAAGCCCUGCAUUCUGAGCUCUCAACUGCUGGAAUCGAUGCGGUUCAAUCCGUUCCCAACUCGAGCCGAAUCCUUCGAUCUGGCCAAUGCCGUCAUCGACGGGGCGGACUGCAUCAUGCUCUCCUCCGAGGUGGCUAUCGGUGCCUAUCCCAACGAGACCAUAUCUGUGUGCGAUGAGAUUUGCCGAGAGGCUGAGAAGAUUCUCUGGUAUCGUGACUUGUUUUCCGAUCUGGUCAGCGAGGUGCGUGGCGAGCUGGACGCCGCCCAUUCGCUGGCCAUUGCCGCGGUAGAAACGGCCAAGCGCACUAAUGCUACGCUCAUCAUUGUCCUGACGACCUCCGGACGGUCGGCGGCUCUGGUCAGCAAGUUUCGGCCCCGCUGCCCCGUCAUGGCGGUGACGCGCUGCGAACGAUCCGCCCGCAUGGUGUAUAUCCAUCGAGGUGUCGUUCCGGUCCUGUAUACAGCCGAGCCAAGCAGUGAGUAUGCCGAAGACGUGGAUGAGCGGGUUGCGUUCGCCCUGACAGUCGCUAAAAAGGGGGAGAUGAUCAACGAUGGCGACCCCAUUGUGAUUGUCAGUGCCUGGAAGAACGGCGGGGGCUUCACCAACAACGUGCGCGUUGUCUACGCAUUCUUUGAGGCCGACCGCGUCGAUUGUCUCUUCAGAGCCGACCGACGCACCUCACGAAAGAACACAGCACUGCAGGCAGAAAGUGCCCAAGAAGAAAAGAAAAGUGUCCGCGUGUGAACAUUCAUUAUGGAAAAAUAUUAGUUAGAUCUAAAAAAUAUAUGCGAAUUUCU